UUCGCUUGCUCUACAUAAUUUAUUCAAUCGUCUGACUAUUUCAAGACGCGAAACAAAUGUAUGUAACAUGGCGGAUGUAUGGAAAUGAAUAAUGACUGUGUGUAGUGAUCAUAUUGAUUCAGAAAAAUAUUAAUUAUAUAAUCUUCAUUUCAAUGGAUAGCAAGAACGGAUUAACAUAAGAGGAACGAUGAAAUUACAAUAAACAGAUGACAAAUUAAUUGGAAAUAUGAUGCAGAUUCAGAGACCUAUCAGGACAGAGUUAACUCUGAGGUUGGUUCACGAUUUAAGCCCUGAGUCUGGAGAUUCUAUGGAUGAAGAUGAUGACGAGUCCAUAGAAAUACAAAAAGAACGCUUCCUGAUCAGUUGUUUGGCUCGGUCUGCGAUUAACAAUAACAACAGUAUUAGUCAGGUGACACAGACCACAUGUGAAAGAUUUUGUGAUAAGACCGAAACAAUCAAGGAUACAUACGCCAAGUUUGAAUGGCAACAGAACCAUUUAGAGAGGAUAAACAAUCAUAUAAAUGAACAACAUUUAAACAAAGUUCUUGAUAGUCCAUGUCAAAAUAUCAAUCUGAUAAACAACAAUUUCAUACAGCUGUCUGAUGGUGAGAAUGAAUCGAGUGACAAAGAAAAUGCACGACCUUGUUAUCCUUCCUUAAAAACAACAACACCAAGUGCGAAAGCCGCAAGGAGACCCCGUAAACUGCCUGAUAUACCAAAGAAAGCUCCUGCUUUACCACUGAAACCUAAAAGUAUAAACAAUGAAAAAUGUCUCGCUGAUGAACUGCAAGAAGCCCUCGUCAUAAAUGAUCAAGCCAUUGAAAGUGAAGAUGAUGUGUUUAUUCCAAGUUCUGGAAAACAAAUUCCAAAAGUUUAUCCUAAAUACAGUGGUAAAUUCUUAGAAGAACUGAAAACUGUAAAAUUUAACUCUGUGUCAAAAAAUACCCGAGCUUUCCUAAACUCGGACAAUAUGUAUCUAAAAGAAGACUCUACAGAACGAUCUGAAGAACAAAAGGAAAAUGAAAAAUCAAAUGAUAUGUCUUGUGCAAAAGAACGUCACAUGAACACAUCUUCCAGUGGUGAAGGGAACAAUGAGGGUGAUGGAGAUAACCGACGUUUCAACAAUUGUUUUCCUGCAACUCAAUACCAAGACUUAGUAGUAACUCAUCGGGGAAUGCAUCGGUUUGUACCGCGUCACAAAGAUGAAAUAAGCAUAGAAAUAGGUGAUCCAAUACAUGUAUUUAAAACUGAGGAUGACCUAUGGUGUGAAGGUGUAAAUCUGCGCUCGAGUCAAAGAGGUAUAUUCCCUUGCAUGUACGCCACAGACCUUGAAUUUCUAGAAGAAGAAGAAGAAGAAAAUGGUUGUUCAAAAUUUUUUCUAAGAUUUCUCGGAUCUGUUGAAGUAAACUAUCAUAAAGGUGAUGAAAUAUUAUGCCAAGCCAUAAAUAAGGUCGCACUUUCAAGACGUGCAGUGAAAACUUCAUUACCUCCCCCUAUAUGUACAUUAGAAGUGAGCCAAUACGGAAUACGUAUGUUCGAUAAAAGUAAAUCUGGGCAUGAACAUCUUGAAGCAUUUGCACAUUUUUUCGCUUUGAAAAACAUAACUUUUUGUGGACACCAUCCCAGAAAUGAACGGUACUUUGCUUUCAUCACGAAACAUCCAAAUCAGUACAGAUAUGCUUGUCACGUGUUUCUAGGAGAAAAAUCUACUCGUUCAGUUACCGACGCCGUCGGCCUUGCUUUUAAGAAAUUCUACCAGGAAUACAUGGCGUUUACACACCCAACAGAGGACAUUUAUAUGGAAUAAAGAGCUUCAGGCAGUUUCAUAUUCUAAAGUCAUAAACGUUUGUAAUAUUUGGUGUUUCAUCCAAGAGGACGAUAUUCACAUCCACUUUCUUAGAAUUACGAAUACUUUAGGGUAUGAAAAUCUAUGUUAGAUACAUGAUCUAAUGUUUAGUUUGAAUAUUCUUCCACAUUUAUAUAGAACGAAUCGAAAUAGAAUACUUUAUGUACACAUACGUAUUUUGAUGUAAGGAACCACGCAGACAGUGAAUAAAAAGUGGCCUAUCGUAAAUUAUGGCUUACCGUUCUUUUCUGGAUAAUUCGAAACCUAUAUAUAUUAAGACGGUUAAAUAGCUGUAUUAUCAGUAAUGUAAUCAGAUGAUACACUAGGACAAGAAUAAUAUAUGUGAAACGAAACAGACAAAGGUAAUGUUCAUCUAAUGUCAUGAUAUUGUUUCUUUGAAAAAUAAAUAUAACAAUGAAGUUGAAA